GCCCGCCGGAUCACACGGCUGUCGCGUCCCGUUAUAUUUUAUCUGUAAAUUUUAAUUUAUUACUCUUUUCUUAAUCAGCACUCGCAGCACUCGCAGCACUCGCAGCAGUAGCAGCAGUUAUAACAAUUUAAAUUAUCGUUUAUUUUGUUAAUUAAGAAAACAAAACACAAUGCCUCCUAUUAAGCGACGCCGUCAACGAAAGACGAAGGUGACCACCAAGUCAGUUUUGCCACGACGAACAUUUGCAACCUGGCUCGACGAUACAGUACGAUCGAUCCGCUUCGCUGCGGGCACAGUCCACACAGCUAAAACGGUAGCAAACACUGGGACAUCUCCAUUAAGCACAGCCCACGACUUGCUGCAGUCAGCGGCAAAUUCGCUCUGCACAGCGGCUAAAUCAAUCAGAUCAGCCGCAAACUUGGUGCAUGCAAGUUCUCCGAGUAAUGAUCCAUCUGCCAAAGCGCUCUGCGCCAGACUCCGCUUAUCGGCAAACUGGCUCGUCUCUGCUGCAGCGCCUCUCCGCUCGUCUCCGCCCUCGAUCCACGAUGCUCUCCAAGUAGCUGCUGUUGCUCUUCGGAAGGCUGCGUCGUCUCUAGACACAGGUGAGGUCGAAUCCACGCUGAGGUUAAGAGCUAGCUCGCGAAGAGACGCGGCUGCUGAGCCACAGGUGAGUAGUAGUGAAGAUACCCCCCACGAACAAGCGGCUACUACAUCUUCAGGCUGUGAACAGCGUCAUCAUACAGACCAAGAAAUUCAAGACAGAAAAUUACGAAUCCAGAAUGAUGGUGAAAGUGACACGGAGUCAAACGAAAGACCAAGGGAGAAAUUGACAAAAUCAGAACAAUCGGAAGAAAUGCUUAAACAGGAAGAGAAAACGGCACAGAAUAAAUCACAAGAACCUAUUGAAAGCAGUAGCCCUAUCAACAAGGAUAAUAAAAACCCAGAAGAUACCGAAAAGCCCGCAGUGCUUGAAGAAGAUAAGGAAAAGGUGGAAAAUGAAAACAAUAGUCCCGAAACAUUAAACAUUCCGAAAGAAUUGAAAGAAAAUAUAAUCAUUAUCGACAUAGAGCUGGUGAGCGAAGGUGGAGAAACUGAAUUGGAAACAAAGAAAAGUAAUGACGAAGCGUCAAAUAAAGAUGGUUCGAAUAGUCAUAUUGAUGAGUCUGAAAAAAUGGAAGAGGACACAAGCAUGGAAAAAAAAGAAGAGUUGGCUAUUAAACUCGAACCGAAGAACCAAAAACCAGAAAAUAUGGAAGAGACGGAGAGUGACCAAUUGGAGCGAAAGAUUUAAGAAUUACAUGAAGACUUUGCCUCAACCUGAAUCAGUUUCUUUGAGGCUAUCCUGGGCUACUUACGUUCGUCAAGAAACAUUUUUGGCAUAGCGGUAAUAACAGAGGGUGAAGAUGUACAUACAAGGAUCUCAGCGCGACUGCAACUACCCUCCAAAAACACGAAGUGAGCACAAUACUAGAAACCUUCUCCGGUUUCCUCAUCUUUUAUUGUAGUAAUUAGAAUUUAAAAUUAAAUUAUAGUUCGCAAUGCUUGCUUCAGCGAGUGCCAAACUGCGAAAAUACAGGCCAAAGUUUAAACUUGCAAAUCGUUAUUGAUGUGAACUAUGUACAUUCAAAGGCCCCAUGUACUUUUGUGCGUGGUCACACUUUAUGCACCUAAACUAGCAUUAUUGAAAUGGUUGUGUUAAUUUGCUUAGUAAGAAUAUCUUAUAAAUAUGGUUACCUACUUAAUUAAAACUUUUCAAAGUUAACUAUUCUUUCUAAGUUUAAAAAAUUAUUCUAAGUUAAAUAUAUUUUUGCCCUCCGAACAAUGUGAUAUAUCUGAAAGAUAAUAGUAAUUUAUUGUUUAUUUGUAAGUAUGUAGGCACAAUGUACAUACAUUUUAGCUUUUCUUCUCCUAGCUUUCACUUAUUUUCGGU